AUGGAAAAAUCCAAAAAUUUCCGGAUCGAUGCUCUCCUAGCAGUCGACCCUCCCAAAGCAGCCGCCGCCGCCUCCGCACAGACCUCACCGCUGGCCUUGGUCACCUCCCUCGCCAACACAUCUGGCCACAGCAGCAGCAGUAACAGCAGCAGCUGCAGCCCCCCGUCCUCCUCCGAGCGCCACAGCGGCGGCUCCUCGGACUGCCUGCGGACUGAGAGCCCUUCUCCGCCGCGGAUCCUCGCCGCGCAUUGCGGGCUGGUGCCCAAGCCCGGCUUCCUGACCAGCACCAGCAGCACCAGCAGCCAUCACCACCACCAUCACUCCGCCGGGGGCAUGGCCCUGGGACUGCACCAGGGGGGAGCGGGCAUCCCCACCCAGGCCGCCCUCUACGGGCACCCCAUGUACAGCUAUUCGGCAGCCGCUCUGGCCGGGCAGCACCCCGCUUUGUCUUACUCCUACUCCCAGGUGCAAGGGGCUCACCCUUCUCACCCUGCCGCAGACCCCAUCAAACUCAGUGCCGGGACUUUUCAGCUGGAUCAGUGGUUACGAGCAUCCACAGCGGGCAUGAUCCUCCCCAAAAUGCCGGACUUUAACUCCCAGGCGCAGUCCAACCUGCUGGGGAAGUGCCGGCGGCCCCGCACCGCCUUCACCAGCCAGCAGCUGCUGGAGCUGGAGCAUCAGUUCAAACUGAACAAAUACCUCUCCAGGCCCAAGCGCUUCGAGGUGGCCACGUCUCUCAUGCUCACGGAGACCCAGGUGAAGAUCUGGUUCCAGAACCGGCGCAUGAAGUGGAAGCGGAGUAAAAAGGCCAAGGAGCAGGCGGCGCAGGAGGCCGAGAAGCAGAAGAGCGGGCUGGGCGGCGAGGACAAGGCGGACGAGGAGCUGCUGCUGCCGGCCCCGGAGAAGAGCAGCGGCCGCCGGCUGCGGGAGCUCAGGGACAGCGACCCCGAGGAGGAGGAAGCAGGACACUGCUGCCCCUACAACUCCUCCGACUGCUCCGAGGGUGACGAGGAGGAGACACAGCCCCGCAGCAGGCACGCCGCCCCGCUGCAGCCGCCCCCCGGCCAGCCCCAGUGA